AAGGCAGCUUCCUUCGCCCAAAGGAGAAGUAAACAAGUUGUUGUACACGGAUGGGGAAACGCCCUAUCCCCGGAUACCCUCCCGUUUGUACUUGGUCAUGUCAAGAUGCCACGAUAUAAAACAUACAGGGACGGAGAGGAUGGUGCAUAGACCGCAGCCCGCACUCUUUUCCCUAAGAGCCAAACACUCAUCUGCCGUACACUCUGGCACACCCGCUGCUUUCUCCUGCUCGACGCAGGCGCGCUCUUUAAAAUCCCUGUCUACCCGUCAUGUACUGCCGAGGCAUCCUCCUUGCGUCCUUCCUAGUCACAGUGUCGCUGGUCGCACAAGCGGCCCCCAUCGCGCAGCCACCGCUGCCGAAUCCGAUUUCUGGACUGGAGAUGGAGGCAAGAGGGCCGAUUUCUCCCGAGGACAUCGCCCUCGCCCCUGCGCGCAAUGCAGCAUGCAAAGGCGACUGCACCGAAUUAUCGGACGUAGAUGUCCGCGAGCCGACGCCGUGCAAGGGCGACUGUCUAUAACGGACAACCCCGUCAUCACAUCAGCGUCGAGCUCGCCACAGCCACAUGUCCUCACCCCCACCCUCACCUCACCUCACAUCCAUGCCAUGCCUUCUAUGCGCGUAGGCCCCGCCAUUCUCCAAACCCGGAACCCACUCCAACCCGAAGCACCCAACCCUCCACAUGUGUACCACGCUCUCUUGAUUUGUUAUCGACACCGGUUUGUUGUAUCGCCCUUCUCCUCUCGUCGUUCGCGUUCGUAUUGCUGCUCACCGUCUCCUACUUCGCCUCGUCACAACCUUCGCCUCGUCACAACCUUCGCCCCUCUGGAACCCCCAUCGCCCGCCGCAUUCGUCUUCUUGGACUGUAUUACUUAGAUACCACACACACUAUACUCGCGUACCGUGUCUUUUCCGCGCCUGCGUAAUGGGCUCGUUGAAUCAAAAUCCGGCGCGUUUUUGCAUUGCAU